AUGGGUGAAUUGGUUCUAAUCCUUUACGACUUGUUCUUGUUCACUAAGCCGCAGAGAAAUUAUGGCACCUACAAUGAGAAAGCACGCCUGACCGAGGUGGCGGACAAGGCCAUUCAGCACCUGUUGGACGGGACCGAACCGCGUAUUGAGAAGGCCACUGAGGACAGAGCGGAGCGCUCAGCUUCAGCAGCUCAUUGUGAGCUCAGCCCGCUGCCUCAUGUCAAUAUUCCGUGGAACGAUACAGAGCGGUUCUGGAAGAUUCUAGAAGAAAUUGUUCCAAUGGCUCUAUCGUUGCAAAUCCUCAAGGCACAAUCAGCCCUAUCCAAAAUGCCCCAGAUGAAAAAGUGGUUACAGGACGAGUGGUACUCUGAUAUGUGUGCGUACCUCGUUGAGGGCGUCACUGACCGGUUGGAUCGCAACGCUGUGGCUUCGGUGCGGACGCGCAGUCGACCAUACUUCAUUGAGGAGGGGAUUCUUUGGCACCAAGGCCCGAAUGGAGCGAGACAGCGCUGUUUGAUCAGAUCCGAAGUGUCGCAGGCGUUGAGAGAUGUUCAUGAUGAUCGAGGACAUUUUGGCCCCAAUCUGACGCGGCGGAGGCUGGUCGCCGGAGCCUUCUGGCCUGAGAUGGCUCGAGACGUGGUGGACUUUAUUGCUGGGUGUUGGCCCUGUGCGUCUUAA